CGAACCGUACGCGAACGAUGAGGCAUGUCUCUAGGACCGAAGUUGUGCAAGGAUAAAAGGAUAUACUACCACUUACCGGAGACCCAUGUGUGUUGACAAUGGAGUGUAAAUAGAUCAAGCAAUCAUGAAAGGCCAACAGGAAAUACUCGACACCAGUUAAAAAUAUUUUAACUAAAAUUCCAUUAAAACAUGUGAGAAAGAGGAAAUUUGUUAGUCCAAAUUGUGAAACAUCAUCAUGGGGAACGCGUGUCAACGGAAGUUGAAGGAGGAUCCCGACUCUGCCUGGAGACAACAAAACAAAGAAAUAGAGGAAAAUUCUGUCUACAGUUUCAUCAAUUUCAAAAAAGGAGGUACCUUGAUUGAUGCAUACAAUGAGGGAGGCCCAGAACGGGUGGAAGAAUUAGCUCGCAGAGAAAUUGAACCGUACCUCUAUAACGGUGGAAAAGGUGCCGUUAUUUCUAAAUUGGAAUAUAUUAAGUGGUGCCGAAGACAGCUAGCCAAGAGUGCUGGCUAUGUGGAACUAGAGACAAAAUCGAAUGAGUGUUUACUGGAAGAGUUAGAAGAGGAUGAAUUCAAUAAGAUUGUUCCUCAUGAAGCGUGCUGGGAUUUGAAUAAACGAGGUGGUGUUGGUGAAACGCCAUUACACAUAGCUCACCUCAUGGACAGCCCUGUGCACAAUGAAGUCACUAAGAUUCUAUUACGGAUGUACCCUAAGAUGACACUGGAUGUUUACGAAGGGGAGGAGUAUUUCGGUGAAAGUGCCUUGCAUAUAGCAGUGGUUCAGGGGGACUUUGAGGGUGUGAAAACCCUUGUUGAAAAUGGUGCUAUUAUCAACCAGAGAGCCACUGGGCGAUUUUUCUUGCCUGAAGACCAGAAGAAGAGUCGGAAAAAGAAGACAAAUUUUGAUGGUUACGCAUACUAUGGAGAGUACCCACUGGCGUUCGCUGCCUGUGUCUGUCACAAGGACAUCUACGACUACCUCAUCGAGCACAAAGCUGACCCCAACCUCCAGGACUCCUUCGGAAACACAGUUCUACACAUGGUGGUCAUUGCAGACCAGCCGACCAUGUACCGCUAUGCAGUGUGCCACCAUGAACGGCCCGCCAAUACCCACAUCAAGAACAAGUAUGGCCUUACUCCGCUCACUCUUGCCAGCCAGCUCGGCAGACAUACCAUCUUCAAGGAAAUGCUUGAAUUGGACAGUUUGGAACUGUGGCGCUACAGCAACAUCUUGUGUUCGGCCUACCCUCUCACAAGCCUGGACUCUAUUGGACACAAGGGAGAAACAAACUGGAACUCGGCCCUGAUGAUCAUCGUGAAUGGGGAGACGGAGGAACACCUGGACAUGUUGGAGGGAGGGGUCAUCCGUCAGCUACUGGACGAGAAGUGGAAGACAUUUGCCAGGAGACGGUUCAUCCUGCGACUUGUGAUAGCAUUCUUCCACUUGGCGCUGAUCAGCGUCGUCAUCUACACUCGGCCAGAGGGGAGCCAGCUCCUGGGCUUCAGGGGGACUAUAGACAUUGUUCGCUACAUAGCAGAGGUGCUGGUGUGUAUGGGAUGUUUUAGUGCAAUCAUGGUGGAUGGAAUUUCAAUUGGUUCUCAAGGAUGCAAGCCUUUCAUCCAGAACUGCAUGCAUGCUCCAGCUCAGACGGUGUACAUGAUAUCGUGUCUACUGAUGCUGUUGUGUAUACCGUUCCGAAUACUGAAGCUCAACACAGUGGAAGACAUCCUUCUCAUCAUAGCCAUUCCGGGAUCGUGGUUCUUCCUGCUCUUCUUCGCCAGGGGUGUCAAACUAACCGGCCCUUUCGUUACCAUGAUCUAUAAGAUGAUUAAAGGGGACCUCUUCAGAUUCGCUCUGAUCUACCUUAUCUUUCUAAUUGGAUUCACUCAAGGCUUCUUCUUCCUGUUCCGAGAUGUGGAAACUGACAACUCGGAUGUCCAGAAGUUUUCCACUUUAGAAGACACAGUGAUGAAUCUUUUCCAGAUGACCUUAGGAGAGUUCAAGUACGAGCCGUUCAACUACGCCCGCUACCCCCAGCUGACAAAGAUAGUAUUUGCGUUCUUCAUGUUCCUGGUGCCGAUCCUGCUGCUGAACAUGUUGAUAGCCAUGAUGGGCAACACCUACACCCAGGUCAUCUCCAAGUCCGAGAAAGAGUGGAGGAAACAGUGGGCUAAGAUCGUGGUUGUGGUGGAGCGAGGGUUCUCCAAGAAGCAGCUCCUCAAGUUCCAGCAGGAGUAUGCUGUGAAGAUUGCCGGACCUCCCACCCCAGACAACCAGAAGACCGAGGCCAGGGCUCUCGUGGUGAUUAAGACAACCUCCAAGACAAAGGCAAAGCAGAGGAAGGCAGCCAUCAGCAACUGGAAGCGGAUUGGCAAGGAGAUAGUGACCCAACUGAAGGAAGCUCGGAAACGUGGUGAGACAGUUAAUAUUGAUCGCCUUCAAUACCGAUCCAGACCCACACUGACGCAAAUAGAGAGUACUUCUUUCGAUGACGAAAAGUUAUCGUCGUCUGCAGAUCUGUUCGGGCAGACUUUCUCUUCCACUGUAGCACAGCUUGCCUGGGAACGUGACAUUGACCUUACCAAAGGUCAGACAUUUAUAUCUGACCCUGAGGUCAUUGAAAAUCAGUCCCAGGGGUCAGGACAUGUCGCCAAUACGGGAGCAAGGUCUGCCAAUCAUUCCAAAUGGGCGGCCGAAACAAGUGGAGCGUAUCAUGCCUUCAGGUCCAAUUCUCGGAAGCCCCAAGAGCAGAAAGCCAAUGAUGUACAGUAACCGUGUGUUCCCUCUUAUCGGCAAAUCUGGUGAUGUGGGCAAUGUAGAUUUGUUGGAUGGUGUUAGCAUCUUAAGCAAUACUGACAAGUUUGAUAGCUUGUCACACAAGUCACCGACAAGGUCUGUGUUUUCUGUGACCUCAGACCAACGGGACAAAGACAAUGUCAGCGGUGCCAGGAGUCUGGAAACUCUGCAGCAUGAAGAUGAGGAUGGAAGAGGAACUACCGAAGAGGCGUCAACGAUGCCAAGGAGGAAGAAGGAUAAGAGGAAGAGGAAGAAAUCAAGUUCUCCCAUGAAGAGCAGCGCUACAAAUUCUCAGUCGUCACUCACUCCAUUGUUGAAGGAUGAUAAGGAUUUUUCUUCAUCAAACAGUCCUGGUGAUAAAGAACAGCCCUCAGUGGAUGCAGGUGAUGAAGAACCACCUUCAUCAAAGGAGUCAGGUGAUAAAGAACAGCCCUCAUCAGAGACUGUGGAUGCCAAUACGUCCAAUGGUUAAAUAUCUUAGUCCUCUCAGGGUAUUUUUGUUUGAAAAAUAUAAAUGCAUUAUAACAUGACAGUUCUUAGUAACAGAGAUUGUUUUUUAAAGGGUAUAUUAUGUUGAUGAUUAUGUGUUAAAGCCAGCUACAGCAUUUAUGUUGAUUAUUUAUUGUUGGUCUAGCUAUGUUUUCUUCAGUAGUCACCAAAAAAAGGUAAUUUGAAUGUUGUUGAAAUUAUUUGUUUCAAGAUAAACAGUUUUUUUAUGUUGUGCUUAAGAGGUAUAAUGGUUUUACAGCAUAAUCCUUUCAGGCAAAUAUAAAAAUAUCAGAUUUUUGUUUCGAAGUCAUAAUCUAUUUGUUGUCAUGUGCCAUUCUUUUCUUGUACAGAUGAUACUUCCUUGAGAAAACAAUUUGAAGUUAAUAUUUUACUAUUAGCGAUGUUGUUAUUGUCUGGAUUUUUUGUUGGUUCACUGAUGUGCCAACCCUACUAUUUUUAAAACUGUGGGUGAAAAUGUAAUCCAAAUUUUUAUUAAUCAAUGUCAUUCAAUGACUUAAAAAUUUGCAAUAUUUUCGCUAAAACAAUACAGAUGCAAAAUUAUGUAGAUGCUAGUUUUUUGAAAGUCAACUAUAAAUCUUACGAUGCUUGAUUUGGCAUCAAUAAUUUGCCAAUUAAGUCAAUGAGUUGUGGUGAAAGUUUUUGUGUACUGAGUCAAGAAAUAUGCCCUAAGUCCUAGAUAUAAAUACUUUGCCAAAACCAACUCUUUUAUGUGCUGAUGAGAAAAAAAUACCCCAAAAACGCAGCUGUGAGUAGUGUAUUACUCAAAUGUACACCUUGCGAGAGUGUUCAGAAGUGAAUUUAAACUGAACUGAAAAUGGUUUCUUUUUAAAUAUUCAAUAAUCAAUAAAAAAAAUGAGGUUAUGUUUUUGUUCUUUUUUAAAUAUUUUUAUUCCCCCUGCUACUUGUUACUAUGACAAAAUAAUUCUGGGAUGCAAAUAAACAACAAUCGCCUGAAAUGGCUUCAGGGUGGAACACAGGGAGACUCAUUAUUACAGGGAAUAUGUAAUGAAUUCUGUAUGUUUGUGAGAUGAGGCAUGCUUGUUGAUAUUAUUGUAUAUAGUCUUAUUAUAUUUUGUUAUGAACUGUUACGCACAGUGUCAUGUAAUAUGUUGAACAAUCACGCCAUGUUCGACCUAGCAUCCCUUUCAUCUGACUCUGUGUUUCUGAUACAGUUACGUCAGGGUAACCUAGCGGUUAAAGUGUUCACUCAUCAUGCCUAAGACCUGGGUUCAAGUCCCCAACAUGGGUAGCACGUGCGAAGCCCAUUCCUGGUGUCCCCUGCUAUUAAGUACUCUUUUGUUCUGUUUGUUGUUACCAUAGUAACUAAGUUGAAUAUUAGAAAUGUUUAUGAACUGCUCAGGCAUUUUAUGUCAUUUUACUAUGUAUGACAUUUUAUAAAAUUAUACUUUUCAUAACGUUUUAUUUAUGUUCAUAGCAAUGUGAUAAUUUAUGAGAUUUCUACAUUUCUUUGCAUAUGAAGUUAAUUGCUUUUUUCAGAUUACCAAUAUUUUAAAAACUGCUAUAUCAUUUUUGUUGAUUCUCUCAAGUAAGAUAUACUUUGCAAAUGUUUGUGUUCCAUGCACCUAACAACCCUACCUUUGUUAAAAGUAAAAAGAAACUGAAUGAAAUA